CAGUCCAAAAAGGCCAUCGAUUGUCUCCACAAUCUUUCCAAAUUGGGACUGAAAAUUCCACCUACAAAAUGCUAUUUAAGAAUCCACAUUCACACAAGAAUUCACUGAAAUAAGUUUUUAUUUUUAUUUUGCUGUGAUUUUUCUCAAAUUUCCAUCAUGCCUUCCUCCCUGCAAUCUCAUGUCGAUCUCCCUCUGAUCGACAUCUCACAAUUUCCGUCCGAAUUUGAUUGCAAAACCCUAAAUUGCCUUCAAAACAACCCUGGCUUAGCCGUGGUCAGAGAAGCCUGCAAGGAAUGGGGAUUUUUCUAUGUCGGAAACCAUGGAAUUCCAAUUGAUCUUCUCCAACAAAUGGAGUUCCAGAGCCGCCAAAUAUAUUCUGUGCUGGCAGAAGCCAAAGAAAGAGCCGUCACAUGUGAUCCAUUCAUGAGCUAUCAAUGCAGGGGCAACGCAGAGAGCUUCACCAUGCUGAAUUUACCAGAAUCUGAUUCCAUUAACGAAUUGUCCAACAAGAUAUGGCCACUGGAGGAAAAAUCAGCAAUGUUCAGCGAGACUUUCCGAACAUACUCUUUACACAUGGCAGAGCUCGCACGCAAGAUCUGUAAAAUAAUUCUUGCCAGUCUUGGCUUGGAUGCAGAGAAUUUCUAUCAUUUACAUUUUGAAAAUUUCACAGCUUACAUGCGAAUAAACCACUACUUUUCUGAUGCCAAAUCUGUGGAGGAGGAGUUGCUAUUAGGUCAUACAGAUAUUGGCUGCUUCACAAUUCUUUACCAGGAUAAUAAUGGAGGCCUUCAGAUUCGAUCCAAGGAAGGGGAAUGGCUGAAUGUGAAGCCGAUCUCUCAUUCAUUUGUUGUCAAUUUGGGAGAUUCAAUGAAGGCAUGGAGCAAUGGCAUAUACCGCAGCGCAGAGCAUCGGGUGGUGUGUAAAGGCUGGGUGGAUCGAUUUUCAGUGCCAUAUUUUGUUCGUUUUCCGAGGGAUCAACAAAUUUGGGCUCCGGAUGAGCUUGUGAACGAUGAACAUCCACGACGUUACAGGCCUUAAAUCUCCUCACAAUUUAAGGUGGAUUCCAUGAAUUACUUAAAAUCAAAAGAUGCAAAAAUCUCGACAUUCUUGGAACGAUAUGCAGAGAUAAAAGAAGCAGUCUGAAACACCUGUAGACAAAGACGUGAACAAAGACUCUGCGAAAUGGCAAUUGCAUUUGAUUUUUAAGUGUUCAAUGAAAUGAUGUUUAGGAAUAAUCAUUAUUGUGUGGUGAGGCUCAAGUCGAGAGAAAAAUGUUGGAAAUAUAUCAAUAUUAAUUGAUUCAUAGUAAUAGA